CAGUCAUAAAUAUUUACAAAAACUGCGCUUCGUGUACUCUGUUUAAUAAACAAUUUUAGUGAAUAACAGAAAGAAUGCAAGAAAUUUUUCCAUUUUUCUAAUUGACAAGAAACACGGUAUCGUAUCACAAUGCAGCAACGUACUGCCAACACGAAGUGAACCAAAUAUAAAAGACAGAUUUCCACUUGCACAUGCAUUGCAUCUUCGCGGAAGACUGUUCCCCAUCGACUCCUGCAUCAUGCGAGAUGUCGAUGCUCCUGAACCGGAGCCGAGCAGCAGUGGCGGGUUGCUCGAAGAAGAAGAAGGGCUCGCUGGGCGGUGCAACGGCCAGCUUCAGAAUUUUGAGGCGGAGGCCGACAACGCGAAUUGCACCAUCUGCGGGGCCGCCAAAUCGUCUGCCCUGCUGGACCUCAGGUCCAAUCAGGUAAUGCAGCGCCGCCUCAGUCGGGACUGGAAGAUGCAGGCAGAUGUGAUCCGGUCUACGCUGAAGGCUAUAUGCGUAGAGUGCGUUUGCAAGUUGAACAUGCACUCGGAGGUCACUCGCUCUCUAAUGCAGCGGAUGCAACGGUUGCAGCAUGCAGGAAGCGGCACAUCCACCGUGACGACGACUACGGUUACGCCCACACAACUCAGUCCUCCGAUAGCGGAUGCCGAGGUGUCCACCACUCUGGUAGAGGUGCAGGAAGGCGAAAUGGCAGCCAAUGAACACAGCAGUCACAGCUCACGGUCCUCUUGCUCCGUACUAGAAGCCUACUCUGCCCAGCCACCUGAGUCUCCUUCGGCCACCGAGUCAGGCGGAACUCGCAAUAACAGUGUCAAUGCCCAGGACGGCUGGAAGUGGCGUACACGGCUCAUCUGUCAGCACUGUGGGCGAGCCUACUUCCGCAAAGACUAUUUCACUAUGCACUCUCGCCGCUGCAAGCCGCAACAACGACUGCCUAAGGCUAGGUGUCGUGUUCUCAAUGAAGCCGGCAGCGAUGACGACACUGUGUCGCCGCGUCCGCUGCAGCCGUCCCUGCGCCCCACUCGCACCUUUCACUGCCGCCACUGCGAAAAGGUGUUCUUAACAGUAAUCAGCCUACGCCAGCACCAGCGCAAUACACACCAAACUCGGCAUCCGUGCAGUCUGUGCGAGGCGUCAUUCGACACAAAGUAUGAGUGGGAGCUGCACAACACAAUUUGCAGUGCCAAGCAUGAGGCUCUAAAAAUCCACCAUAUGGAGGAGACUACUCACAGGGGAAGGGCACGGUCCACUCGGUCGCGUUCGCGAGCAUGUUCCGAAGUUUGGAAUAAGUAUGCUACCCAUGUCGAGGAGGAGGACGAUGACAGCGUAUAUGACGAGCAGGAGCUGGAAGAAAAUGAACAAGAUGAGCAGGUGGAUGCCAUGUACACACGGAGAAUGAACUUUACGGGCGACUGGAUUGUGAACCACAGCCGAAGCAAUAGCAACAGUGCUCUCAAUCUGUCCCGGCUCUAUGAUAACUACGUGUUGGAGGAGUCACAUAUAAGAACAGACAAGGAGUACGAUCUAUCCAUGCUUGAUUUGCUGAAGGCGCAGGUCGAGCUGAAUGAAUUUUCCUGCUUCACAUGUGGCUACCAGACGGAUAGCCUAAGUGAGUUGAUGAAGCACGACUAUAUGCGUCAUUGGAAGAUGAGCUGGUUCUACUGCCAGAAGUGCGGAGAUGUAUUUACCAGCAAAGUCUUCCUCGACUACCAUCUGCAUCGGCAAAACCGCGGCGUGUAUAUUUGCCACAAGUGCCAGGACGAGUUCGAAUUCCAGCAUCAACUGGACCGCCAUCUGGUUCUCCACAACAAGGGCAUAAACUACCAGUGCAACUUCUGCCGCUUGGCGUUCCUCAGUGAAGCCAAGUUACUGGCCCACUGCGCCCGUUGCGGACACAGUCCCAACGACGACCCACCGCUCAUCCGAAUCGAUCGCGCCCUUUCAAUCAGCAACUUCCCGCCCGAGCCUGCAACCAGCCACCACAAGUGGGAGUACGAGGAACGAGAGCUGGUCCUGCCGGGAUUACCCAUGCCUUCCAGCAGGCCCAUGCACUUACCCAAUCAUAAACCCUUCCGCUUGGCCAUUGGAAUCUGCGAUUUUGAAAACCGCCCCCAGCCCAAUUGUGCGGGUUGCCAGUAAUUUAAGUGGAUGAAAAUUGAGAAUGGCCAAAUCAUUUGCCAAGACUUGUACCUCAAUGUUUGCAAUAUUUGCGUGUAGUUAGAUAGUCUCGUGUGUAUAGUGUUCGUCUUAGUUCGGUUCAAGUCCGCACUCGAAUCCCCAUCGUAGACCCGAGGCAACCCAAAUCCAGUCUGGGUGGACGUAAAACGAUAUGUGUGUAUUUUUCUAACAGAUUAUUGUAAUAAAGAUAAAUUCCAGACUGAA